AUGCUGGAGGCCGAGAAGAUUGAACAACUCAGACGUGUUUUUGCUGAGACUCUGUUCGCGAUCCACGAGAACGUGAAGUUCGGCCAGCAGGACGCCAUGGGCUACCAGACGAUGUUGCGGAACAGCGUGUUCGGGCUCGUGCCCCGGGGCGACGAGCACUUCACCUUCCGGCUCACGGAGGUGCUGGCAGCCGGCGGGGUACCGGUGCUGAUGGACGACGACUUCUACGCCCCGUUCGCCAGGGACGACCUGGCGGAGUGGGCAGUGGUAAUUCCUGAGUCCGAGGUGCCAAAGACGGUCGAGAUAUUGACACAGCUUGACAACGAGACAAUCUGCAAGAUGAAGAAAGAGGGUGCAAAGAAGUGGAGGUACGGGAAGGAUAUGCAAGCGCUCGUGGACGGCCUGCUGGUGAGCCUGACGAGGCUGCUCGAGAAGGAGCGGCUGCUCGACGAGGGGCCGCCCGCGGUGGAGCAGAAGUCGGAGGUCAGCCCGUUGGCCACGGCCGCCCGGCGGGCUCCACGCGCGGGCCGGGGCGCGGAGGCGACGCGGCAGGUCCAGAGCCCCCCCGUGCCGCGCGCGCUGUGCUUCGACAGCUGCGGCUCCGCCGGCGGCACGCCGCGCACCCCGCGCGCGCCGGCGCGCGCCGGGCCGGGCGCCCCGGGGGCGGCGCCGCCGGCGAGCGCCUCGCCGCAGCGGCCCUCCUCGCUGUGGCAGCAGCUGGCCGCGGAGGAGCGGACACCGCCCGCCAGGGGGGCCGCGUGCGGGGCAACGCCGAGCCCCAGCGUGUUCCGGCCAGCCGAUGGCCCAGGGGAGGCGACCUGGCGCGUGGCAGAGAGCGCCGACCUGAGCGGCUGGUGCGGCAGGGGUCUGGGCGGGGGGGCCCCUGAGCUGCCGCCGUGGCCGAUCGGGAGCUCCACGUCGGCGAGCCCCGACCGUUACACCAGCGCGCGGCAGCUCGGCGGCCAGCUCACGGGCAUGUCCUCCGAGUUGUCUUACGCAGAGCAGACGGAGGUCAUCGCGCAGUUCCUUUGCAGCCUGGAGCCCUCCGAGGUCGCCGCCAGCAACCGCGGCGGCUCCAGCUCCAGCGGUUCGCGCGCACCCCUCGGCGGUGGCGUAGAGCGCAGCUGCCAGCAGCAGGGCGAGGGGACCGCAGACGGGCACGGCGCUGCCGCCUCCACGCCAGUCGAGCAGCGGGGCGCCGGCCUCUGCGGCGGCGCAGAGCGCGGCUGGCCCGCGGACGCCGAGGGGACUGCAGAGGAGUACAGUGCUGCCGCCUCCACGCCAGUCGAGCACCGGAGCGCCCAGGCCGCGCAUCAGGCGAGCUCGCCCGAGGAGCCACUCUCUGCGGAGCGCGGCGCCCAUGCGGGGCAGUGGACGGAGCCGCUGGAGGAGUUCCCGUCAGAGGAGAUUCGGCUGCGCCGCUGCGGCUUCUGCGGGCGGAGCUUCCGCCAGGACCGCCUGCCCGUGCACGAGGCCGUCUGCGCCCGCGCCGCCAGUGGCGGCCCAGGACGCGCAAGGUUCGACUCCUUCGGCCAGCGAUGCGGCGGCGCCGCCGCGUGGUGGUGGCCGGGCGGCGCUGGCGCGCUGGCCGAGCCCGCCGAGCGGGAGCCGAGGUCGGCGGGCGCCCGAGCCGUGGCUCGCGGAUCGCUGGCACGGCCGGCCGCGGCGUCCGCCGGCGCCAGCGCGAGGGCUCGGAGGGUGAGACCUGGGACCGCCCCGCCGCGCUGGCGGGCGGGCCCUGCCGAGCAGGCGGCGCAGGCGGCGGGCCCUGCAGAGCAGCCGGCCAGCCCGGCGCGCGCAGCCGCCCCCGCGCGGCCGCCGUGCGCCCAGGGCAAGGCCGCCGCCCGCGCGGCUGGUCGGGGCGCCGGCAGCCCGGGCCUCGGCCGCGGCCAGUCCUCCCCGCCGGCGGCAGGGAAGAGGCCGGCCACGCCCGCGCGCCCCCGCGCGCUCGGCGGCGCGCGGGCCUCGGCGGGCGCGCUCGCCUCGCCCGCGCGGCCGCUCCGGGCGCCGAUCCCCGGCGAGUCCCCCGAGCUGGGCCAGGGCGCUGCCGGCGAUCGCCCGGGCCCAUGGGGCACGAGCGGCUGGAGCGCGGGAGGGCGUGCAUGGCACACGCCGCCAGCGGCGCCCGCGAGCGGUGCUGGCAGCAGCUGUGCCAGGUCCGAACCCGCGCGCACCCAUGCCCGAGGUGCUGGCAGCAGCCGUGCUCAGCCGCCCCCUCCUCCGGAGCAGGCAGGACCGCGCCGCCCCGCGCCGCAGCAGCCCCUCGGCCCCUGCGGCGGAGCCCACCGGUCAGAUGCCCACGCGACUCCGCCGCCGCCGCCGCACCGUCAGCAGCCUCACGGGGGGAAGAUCGGGCCCGCCGUGCCUGAACCCACGUCGCGGGCGGACGCGGAUCCAGCUGGGCCAGACGGCUUCGCCAGCGACGUCAGCGCCACGCGCCCGGCGUGCGCGCCGCUAGGCUCAGAGGCCGCUCGGCAGCCUCGCUGGGGCCCCCCAGCGGUGGCAGCCUGCUGGUCGCCGGAGGCCAGCCUGCAAUCGCAGAAGACUGGUCGGUCUGCGGACAGCGCGACAGCCACGCCUGAGCCGAUUGGCCGCGCCGCGGGGCAGUCGUCGGGCGAGUCUGGCCGCGGCCUUCUCGGGUGCCCCAUGACGCCGCCCAAGGAGCCAGCUUCGAGGGCCACUGGCCAGGAAGAGGGACCGCAGGAGAAGGGGCCGAAGGGCGCCAAAGCCGCGGGUGCCGCCGCCGUGGCGGAGAAGCUGAAGUGGGCGCCGAGCCCAGCCCUCGGCGCCAUGCUGCAGGAGGUGGAGCGGCUCGGCGCACAGGUUGACGAGAUGAGGAGGCGAGCCCUGCCAGAGAGCCCCAGCGGCCAGGGGAGCCCUGGCGGCACUGCCGACGACUGCUGGGCCAAGGGCUCCGGGCCUGGCGACCUGCACGUCUGGCCCGAGCUCGGACGCCCUCCUCGGCGAAGCCGGGCCGCCUACGACCCUCUGAGGUACUGCGGCACCGCCGCCACCACCGCUGCCGACGCGGACCAAGCGCUGGCGCCAGGCGCGCGCAAGGCGAGCGACGACGAGCUCGCGUCGAUGGUCGAUUCUUUGGAGCUGCAGAGCCUCCGGUUCCAGGACUACCUGCGUCAAUGUGCUCACCAGGUCCGGGAGAGGCGCCGCCACAUCGAGUCCUGCGGGGCAGGGGCUGCGAAGGCAGCGGCCGGCAGCGAGGUCGGGGAAAGCUCGCGCCACUGAGGGACUUCGAGUGCGGACAGCGAAACGGCGCGCUCUCUAAGCCUAACCAGC